AAAGCGGUCGCUGUCUGCUGCCCAGACAGGUGCAAGCCCAGCUGGGCUCGGUCCUCCUCGGCAGCGAGCCGGUCUCCUGGGGGAUGGGGUGGGCUGCGUUUCCUUGACAGACGUUUGAGAGGUUCCAACCCCCAGCGCAGCGGAGACCAUGGCCUCUCCUCAGGGUUCUCGGGCCCCACUGGAAUUCGGAGGACCCUUGGGCGCCGCGGCGCUGCUGCUGCUGCUCCCGGUCACGAUGUUCCACCUGCUACUGGUGGCCCGCUCGGGCCCGGCGCGCCUCCUGGGCCCACCCCCCUACCUGCCGGGACUGGAGGAGCUGUGGAGCCCGUGGGCACUGUUGCUCUGUCUCACCUGGCUCGGCCUGCAGGCGGCGCUCUACCUCUUGCCGGCACGCAAGGUGGCUGAGGGGCAGGAACUGAAGGACAAAAGUCGACUGCGCUACCCCAUUAACGGCUUCCAGGCCCUGAUGCUGACAGCCCUCUUGGUGGGCCUGGGGGUGUCAGCCGGGCUGCCCUUGAGCGCACUCCCAGAAAUGCUCUUGCCCUUGGCAUUUGCGGCCACCCUCACCGCCUUCAUCUUCAGCCUCCUUUUGUAUCUGAAGGCUCUGGUAGCCCCUGCCUCGGCCCUGGCACCUGGGGGGAACUCAGGCAAUCUCAUUUACGACUUUUUCCUGGGACGGGAGCUCAACCCACGCAUCUGUUCCUUUGACUUCAAAUAUUUCUGCGAACUGCGGCCUGGCCUCAUCGGCUGGGUCCUCAUCAACCUGGCCUUGCUGAUGCAGGAAGCAGAACUUCGGGGGAGUCCCUCACUGGCCAUGUGGCUGGUCAACGGCUUCCAGCUCCUGUAUGUGGGUGAUGCCCUUUGGUACGAGGAGGCAGUCCUGACCACCAUGGACAUCAUCCAUGACGGGUUUGGCUUCAUGCUGGCCUUUGGGGACCUCGCCUGGGUACCCUUCACCUACAGCCUGCAGGCCCAGUUCCUGCUGUAUCACCCACAGCCUCUGGGGUGGCCCCUGGCCUCAUUCAUCUGCCUCAUCAAUGCUGUUGGUUACUACAUCUUCCGUGGAGCUAAUUCUCAGAAAAACACCUUCCGAAAGAAUCCUUCUGAUCCCAGAGUGGCUGACCUUGAGACCAUCUCUACAGCCACAGGGCGACGGCUGCUGGUGUCCGGGUGGUGGGGUAUGGUCCGCCAUCCCAACUACCUUGGAGACCUCAUCAUGGCUCUGGCCUGGUCCUUGCCGUGCGGGGUGUUCCACCUGUUGCCCUACUUCUACCUCCUCUACUUCACUGCGCUGCUGGUGCACCGUGAGGACCGGGAUGAGCGGCAGUGUCUGCAGAAGUACGGCCUGGCCUGGCAGGAAUACUGCCGGCGUGUGCCCUACCGAAUCGUGCCCUACGUCUACUGAAGCAGCUCCAGGCACCCCAGGUUGGGGCACGUGCCCGCCCAGCUGCCAGCACACUCAGCACCAGGAGUCUGGAUGCACCCGGGACACAAGGGCCUGUACCCUACCCUGCCCUGGGCUCCAAAACACCGGGAUGAACAGACUGAUAGGUGGCUGGAGCAAGGGGGAAAUGAAGCCAGUGCUCCAAAAUGGAGUGGGGGGAGGGGGCUGCUCUUCCUCCUUAGAUAAACAGCUGGAAUCCUU